GAUUAUUUUAUCAUCGUGCGCUUCGUCAUUGUCCUUUUCCCUGUGCUCUGCCUCCAUCAGUAGUACCAUUUUGCUUCUCUCCAUGUCGUUUACGUCCGUCCCGAUUUUGGACCUGGCUGCGGCCGGAGACCCGGCGACGAAGCCCCAGUUUCUCAAAGAGCUCCGCCACGCAUUGAUGGAAGUUGGGUUUCUCUAUCUGAAGAAUGUGGGCAUCUCAGAUGAGCUGUUUCAGCGAGUCAUCACGCUGGGCAUUGGCUUCUUCGACAUACCGGAAGAAGACAAGCUCAAGAUUGAAAUGAAGAAUGCCCAGUCGUUCCUGGGCUACUCGCGCCUUUCGGCCGAGAUCACGGCCGGUGAGGUUGAUCACCGUGAGCAGAUUGACCUGUCGACGGAGCACCCCAUUCCCAGGCCAGGAUCGCCACUGCAUCACCACCUGUUGGCGCCCAAUCAAUGGCCGGCGGAGGAGUCUCUGCCUGGGUUCCGCGACACCUACACGGAGUACAUGGAUCGGAUGGGCAAGAUCUCCAUCUACUUCACAUCUCUCAUCGCCGAGGCCAUUGAGCUGCCCAAAGACGCCUUCAACAAGUACUUUGACGAGGACCAGCAGCACAAGCUCAAGAUUGUCCGGUACCCAGACCUCCAGCAACUUGGAAAGGAGGGAGAGAAGCAGGGUCAGGGUGUCGGUCCGCACAAAGACUCCAUGCUGAGCAGCUAUCUCCUACAGGCUACGCAACAUCGCGGCUUGCAAGUACAGAACAUCAAGGGCGAAUGGAUUGACUGCCCGCCCAUUCCCGGAACCCUUGUCGUAGCCAUCGGCCAGGGCCUCGAGGCGCUGACGCAGGGCGUGUGUGUGUCUACAACGCACCGCGUCCUGUCGCCGCUGUCCGGCACCGGCGCGCGCUUCUCCAUCCCCUUCUUCCAGGGCGUCAAGGGGGACGCCGACUUUGAGGAUCUGGAGACGGUGGGCGUGGGCAAGGUGCCCGAGAGCGUGCGGGAGCAGCGACAGCGCGUGAUCGAGGCCAACGGCGGCCGCGUCGACGACGUCGAGUUUACGUUCCGCGGAGGCGGCGUGGCCAAGACACUGGGCGAGGCGACGCUGCGCAACCGCGUCAAGAGCCAUCCGGACGUUGGCGAGCGGUGGUACCCAGACAUCCUUGCGGCAAUUCGUGUGGAACAGACCGAGGCGAAGAAGAAGGCGAGUGCGCCAGUGGGAGCACCGGUCAAGGUGCCCACCACGGCGGCGGUGGAGGCUCACUAA